GCCACCGCCGCCAGCAAGAGACGUCAUGUCCGCUGAGUGCUUGGGCACGGAUCCCGCUGUAGUCACCGCUGUAGUCACCGCGUAGUUUAUUUCGCGCGGGGUUAGACGUGGAACGAGUCGUGGUCACGCCGUUUCGUGCUUGUCGGCGCUUACGAGGACGAGACGCAUCGUGACCGCGGCGCCGCGCGGCCUUGUCACGGGUCCCGCUGCACAGAAGGCCUCGGGUACGAUACACACUCAAACACACACACGAUGUGCCCCAUGUGCAAGCCCUUUUGUCGCUCCGCAGCUGGAUGGAGGCCUCUUGAUAUGACCGCGAUAAAACGGCACCACGAGAGAUACAAAGUCGCUGUCGAAUGUACUGGUUGAGAAAAAGCGAACGGACGUUGUUGUUGUUGUUAAUCUUGAUCGGACCUUGGCUGCGGUGAUCGUGUCGAUCGCUCGUGUAAAACGUGACAUUCACGGAAUGCCUUUCAAAUGCGGCGUUAUCCCAGAGAUGUGUUGCCCAUCAUCAUUGCUGGAGCCCCUCCGAUGUUUGUGCUUCGUGCCCGAGCGGACGGCCCCGUCUGUACGCGAAUUACAUUCAGAGAGUCCCCGACUUACGAUAUUUCGAACUUACGAUCGAUGCAUGUGAAAAGUUUUUUUUUAAUCGCAGAUAAGAUUGUUUCCUGAAAUAAAUUUCUAUUAAAUUGCAGUUCAUAUAGGUAGGCUAAGAAUUUACCUUGUUUUUUUUUACUUUACAUUUUACUGUGCAAUACAGUAUUGUAAUUAAUAAAUACACACAGUAUAUAGUUUAUACUACGGUACUGUAAAUUUGCUUUGUUUUGCUAAAUUAUUACCAUUCUUUAAGACUCCUGGCUAGGCUAGGCCAUCUUCGACUUACGAUAUUUUUGACUUACGAUGAUGGGGUCGUCGUAACACAUCUCCAUCGUAAGUAGAGGACGACCUGUGUUUACACGGCUGGAGUGUGAAGGUCUCCGCAGCUGUCGCCAACUUCUCGAGGUCACGCCAACUUCUCGAGGUCACGCCAACUUCUCGAGGUCACGCCAACUUCUCGAGGUCACGCCAACUUCUCGAGGUCACGCCAACUUCUCGAGGUCACGCCAACUUCUCGAGGUCACGCCAACUUCUCGAGGUCACGCCAACUUCUCGAGGUCACGCCAACUUCUCGAGGUCACGCCAACCUCUGGAGGUCACGCCAACUUCUCGAGGUCACGCCAACUUCUCGAGGUCACGCCAACCUCUGGAGGUCACGCCAACUUCUCGAGGUCACGCCGUGCACGGCACCAUCUGGUUGGUGUCCUGAUCGCCGCCUUUACGCGGUGGACGAAGCCCCACACGGGCGCGCGUCUUCCCCUUUCACUGCUCUCACAAAGCAAACGCCGACAUUCAAUAGGUUUAGAAUAUAAUCAAGGAACAGACAAACAUCGUGCAUGUGCUCAUGGCUCCUGUAAAGCUUUCCAGCUUGAGAGACGGAGGCACACGUGGAUCUUACAGCAGGAGACAUGCAUACCUAAAUUACUCUGAAAGAUAAAAAGGAAACAUUUUCAGGCAACAAACACAAAUCAUACAUUGUAUUGGUCUUAAUCCAUGCAAUGGUUAGGUCACUGAUUGAAAUCAUGAUGAUGGAUAGUUACUUGGGUCCACACCUCUCGGAUCCCCACCCCACUCCAUUGAAUUAUAAUUGAAUUUCAGCCAAGGAAUGUAACGCAUUUAAGAAGAUGUCCACCAAGGAGAUGGAGCAAUGAAAUCAACUCAUGUGCAGGUGCUGAAUGGAUUAUGUCCAAGAUUGUGAGAGGUGGUGGCAGCUUAGGAAGGCCUUCAUCCAGAUGUGCAUUGGUCAUUCCAUGAUGGUUAUGAUAUCUUUACGAGAGUUAUUGUGACCUCAGAAAGCCAAUGCAUUGCGACUUUUAUACUUCGUUGAAAAGUGUUACAUUGUAUUAUACAUUUGAAUCAUAUAAUAUUGUAUAUGUCGGUGGUGGACGAUGGUGUUUAUAUAUUUAAAAAAUUGUUUAUCAAAGCUGAUGUGCCAAAAUGUUAUUUCAUGAGCUAGCAAUUCACUGGUGAUUGAAGAGCUCCCAUGCAGUCACCAUCUCUCAGAAUCUUUUGACGCCACAAUUUAUAUAGUACCUGUGCAUGAGCUGACUUACCUUUGAUGGCUGUCAUCAUGAACUUGACUCCAUACCCAGUACGCCAGAACUAAGAACACAUGCUCUGGGUUACCUGGCACUUCUGGGGACCCGCAUCAGUAUUUCAUUUAAUAUUGUUGAGAAGGUUAAACUGCUUCUGAUUAACACAUCUGGAAAGACAAUAGACAGAUAGGCUUUUAUUAUAAUGUACUUUUAGUUCAACAUUCUCCAUUGAUUGUAACACCACUCGCUCCUUUUUGAAGCCACUGGCUCUUCAUUGACCUUUUGCAUAUCUUGUGUCAUGUUUGCUUGUCAAUUUGUUGCAGUUGGGUAGCUGCUGGGAGUCAUUGAAAGCUGUUGGAAGCAUGUCGCAUUCACAGGCGAUUCGCAUCAUUUACAUCACCGUGGCCCAAGUGACAGGAAAAAACACAAACCAAGUGGAGGUGGCAGGGAAGAUUCUGAAUCAUGUGGAUUAUGGAAAUGAUCCUUUAAAUGAAUCUAUUUUGAAAAAUAAAUCGGCUACAAAUGCAGAGAAGAUGUACAUGUGUGAGCAGUGUGGAAAAACAUUUUCAAGUAAGCGUACGUUAGCUGUCCACCAGAGAAUACAUGCAGGAGUGAAGCCAUACAUGUGCAAACAUUGUGAAAAGCGAUUUUCUCAAGGUCAACACCUGAAGGCUCAUUUGAGGACCCACACUGGAGAGAAGCCUUUUAUAUGUCAAGACUGUGGAAAACGUUUUUCACUUAAAUCCACCUUGAAGACACAUUCGUUGACACAUUCUUUAGAGAAGCCAUUUGUUUGCAAUGACUGUGGAAAAGGGUUUUCAAAGGCUUCUUACAUGAAGGUUCAUCAGUUGACCCACACCGGAGAGAGACCAUAUGCAUGCCAAGAUUGUGGCCAGAGGUUUUCUCAGCCUUCUUCCCUCAAAACUCAUCGGUUCACGCACACUGGAGAAAGGCCAUUUAUAUGCGCAGAUUGUGGAAAAAGGUUUUUACAGGCAUCCACCCUGAAGGAACAUCAGAAAAUUCAUACUGGAGAGAGACCAUAUGUUUGCAAAGAGUGUGGGAAGAGUUUUUCAUAUUCAAGUGCCAUGACUGUCCAUCAAAAAACACAUACAGGAGAAAAACCUUUCAUAUGCAAAGAUUGUGGAAGGGGUUUUGCGCAAAAGCCUCACUUGAAAACCCACCAGCGGAUACACACUGGAGAGAAGCCAUAUGAAUGUAAUGUUUGUGGAAAAAGCUUUUCGCUAAAUUACAAUCUUAAAGCUCAUCAGAAGACUCAUCUUAAAGGAGAUGUAUGCGAACAAAACAAAUUACAAAGUGAAAAUGUUGAUGCUAUCCAGGUGCAGUCCAUCCAAAAAGAGAACUUUCAGUAUGAUGGAGGUAAUGUUGGAUGUAAAGAAAUUUCAUAUUCACAGGAAAUCCAAGUAGCUUGUCAGAUGUGGGAAGAUGAAAAAACGAAGAACACCAGACAAGAGGAAUCGCAUGACGUUGAAUGUGGAAAGUUGGCUGAACAUUCUAACCAUAAGACCCAAGGGUCUCAAAGUGCAGACACUGUAUGUGAGCAAGAUGUCUCAACAGAGUGUGCUGUCGUAGAGAUAUCACUCGUAUCAGGCCUGGAGUGUAAAACUACUGAAGUGGACGUUGUAAAUUGUGAAGAGAUGGUGGAAACACAUGGUGGAUGUGCUACUCAGCAACUGUGGGCAGAGGUGAAAAUAGAAAACAGCAGCAACGAGGCUGCCAAGAGGACACUCGUUGAGGAAGAGUAUGAGAAGGAGCUAUUAGAUGGUUCUAUUCUGAAUACAAAUGGUGAAAAUGUUACAAAAAGGCCUUACAUGUGUGAGCAUUGUGGUAAGAGGUUUUCUGAUAAACGUACUUUAGUUGUUCAUAUGAGAACGCAUACUGGAGUGAAACCAUAUAUCUGCACACACUGUGGAAAAAAAUUCUCUCAAGGUCAACACCUGAAGGCUCAUAAAAGAAUACACACUGGAGAGAGGCCUUUUAUAUGCAAGAUAUGUGGGAAAGGAUUUGCAUUGAAAUCCACAUUGAAGGCACAUGAAUUUACACAUAGUGUAGAGAAACCGUUUAUUUGCAAACAUUGUGGAAAAGGAUUUUCACUCAAGUCUACUUUAAAAAAUCAUGAAAUUGUACAUUCUGGAGAGAAACCAUUUCUCUGCAAGGAAUGCGGAAAAGGAUUUUCACAGGGAUCAUCUCUAAAAAUCCAUAAAUUGACUCACAAUGGUGAACAGCCAUUUAUUUGUCAGGAAUGUGGAAGGAGGUUCUCACAAACUUCUUCUCUGAAGACUCAUCAGUUGCUGCACACUGGAGAAAGGACAUUUGUUUGCCCGGAUUGUGGAAAAAGAUUUUCAUUUCCUUCUUCUCUGAAACAACAUCAACAGAUGCACAGUAGUGAACGACCAUUUAUCUGUAAGGAGUGUGGGAAGAGUUUUUCAUACUAUAGUAACUUAAAGGUCCAUCAGAAAACACAUACUGGAGAUAAACCUUUUACAUGCACACUAUGUGGCAGGGGUUUUUCACAAAAACCUCAUCUCAAGUCCCAUCAGAGGACACACACUGGAGAAAAACCGUAUGAAUGCCAAGAUUGUGGAAAGUGUUUUUCAUUAAAUUGCAACCUGAAGGUCCAUAAGAAGACUCACAGACGACAUAUAAGUCUGUAAUAAACUUUAAGAACGCACUGUCCUUAAUCACUGGCAUAUCCUUCCUGGCUCUCAGGCUCUCUGUCUAUCACCCCAAACUUACACAGGAAAACCUUACCGAUCGUGAUUUAAUUAAACGCUUGUUUCAGAUAUUAAUGGUUUUAUAAGGUCUGUUUUCCGAACCACAGAGUGAUGUUUCGGCUAUGCGUGGUUUGACAUUGCCAAGAUUAUUGCUCGGCUUGUGAGACGCGAGUGCUGUAUCCGUUGAAAGUCACUUAAGGUGUGAAUGAAUCAAUUGUGAAAACUUCACCGUGUGUUUUUGAGUACGUUUUUGUAUUUUUUUGCGUGCGAUAAUGUAACGCAACACUCACGCGCAACGCAAAUGUUCACACAUUGGUGCAUGCAUAUAGCCGUCUACUCGUUGAGUACGUCAACCAUACGGAUACCGAGAUGGCAAAGCAUUCACGUUCAAGUAACGGUGUUGGGGGGGAGGGGUGAGCGUCGGGCCGGCAAAUUCAGUGCAGGGUGCGAGCGUUGGGCAUAUGAGUGCUGCGGUGCCGGAAGAGUAAUGGAGACGAGGGUUUUAUGUUGAGGUGAAAUUGAACGAGUACACACACUUAAGUAAUCGAGAGCGACUCGGCAUCCUUAAUUACAAUCACAAGUGCAGGCAAAGAGGGAAGGGGUGAUCAUUUCGAAAUCCGGAACACACCCCUAUUUAUCUCAAAAGCUCUCGUCGAAUAUAACUCCUGCGCUUGGCGAGGUUUUCCUGUUUCUUUCAAAUGUCAACAAGCUUGGGUGCAACUAAUUAUGUAUGCAGUAAAACUUCUCGUGGCUGAACAUGGUGAAAUCAGAAUUUGGCCCAUGCUGAUUUUUUUCCAGCCAUUGCUCUGCGUGGAAGGAUGUGGCAUUCUGUGCAACGUGCCCGAGACCAUGGGUUCACCGAAUGUUUCAGUCGACCACUUUGUCUGCUAGGAGUGACCUUACGCUCUCAUUUUUGGAUAUUACUUUUCCUAAAACAUUCAAACGUUCAAUUGGGUUUGUUUAAUUGUCAAGAGUUAAGUUAUUAAUAUUUCAAUGUUACGUAUAUUUAAUUCAUAUUUGGUUAAUUUACUGAAUUAUUUACAGUAUACUGGAAAAAUACGAUUACCACUGAAUAUUUCGUCUGUUUUUGAGAGAUUCCCACUGAUGUUAACUCUAAUAAAUGAGAAGCAUGAUGAAAGUACAGCGCAUUCUUGAUGUUUAAAAAGAAAAUACAACAUCAUUGCAUUUCCAACCUUUUUAAAUCCUUUAUAUUAAGUUCGCUUGCUUGCUUGCGUGCUUGCUUGCUUGCUUAUGACCGUGCAAAUCUUUCGGUCGUUUUUUAACCCACUUCUCGUCAUCCAAUCGAGCUGACAUUUUGCACACAGACUCGUUGUGUGUGACAAUUAAUUUUCGUGAAAAAAAUUUCCCAAAUUUUACACUGUUUAGGGAAAAAUAAUUAAAUAUUUAAUUACCAAUUGCUUAAUGGUGGCAGACAAUCAUCUGACCCAUAGGCGGUAGCCAUCUCAAGCCAGAGGACGAGAGGACUCGAGCCGCCCCGAUGCCACGCAUAUAAAGGAUUUAUAGUGAAAAACUUUGUUUUUACGGGUUACUUUUUUCGCUGUAAUGUUAGAAGCAUAUUCAUCUGAAGCCAUAUAGACUUAUUUUUAUGUAUAUAAAUUCUGUAGUGUAAUACAUGCUACCGUUACUAUUUUAAAUAGUUUUAACAUGCUCAUCCAGCUUUAAAAAUGUUCAAUGAACAAUAUUUUUUAGGUAAAUACAUUAAUUAUUACGUCCAAAAUAAAGUCGAAAUAAUAGUGAAAUGCUGUCAAAUACAAUGUUCCUUCUUACGCCUUCCUAAGCUGACGCUUGAGUCACUUGACAGGGCAUCAAUUAGUCAGUCUUGCGGGUUAUUUUGGUUAAGGGCCAUUGAGCUAACAGGGUCUGUUUCAAUGAUGACCUGAACAAAGCAGCUGAAACUGCAGCCAAGCACGUUGUAUGAGAAGGGAGGGUUUACAGAGAUUGCAUAACAAAAACAGCGUUUAUAAACAUCGCCAAUAAACAACCAGAACUAUGUGUAAUGGCAAUUUAGCAAGCCAUCCAAACUAACAUGCAUGGUAAUAUUGAGAGCAACAAUUGGAAUUCAAAAUGCUUUAAAAAAACAGCGUGAGUUCAGUUAUAUUUACUAUUUUAAAUUCUCAUUUCCAAAAACUGAAUUCUGAAAUAUCAGUCACGUGGCUUUACGAAUGGCAUUCACAAGUGUGACAGCAGUUGUGGAACAAUGCCCUCAAUGUGUGUUUUUAUUCUACAUUUGCCAAAAUUAGUUUGAUUCUUUUGGAUAUAUUUUGCAAUGUGCACGCGGAGGUCGGGAGACACUUUGAUUUUUUUACUUUUGUCGUUAAUCUCGUGGGGUUAACGUUCACGGGUUCGCCCUAUUGCGGGCAACCUUUUUGGGAUAUCAUUUUACCUAUUGCGGGGGUUUAGUUUUGGCCUUUCGCGGGUACACUGUACCCAGAAGUAUUGUAUCGUUGCUGAUACCGUGGGGCGCGGCAGGCGAGGGACGCGAGGUCGUCGGUGGCACCUCAACCUGUGCGUGCAAGCAUCUCGCGGACAAAGACUCCCCCGUUGUAGCCUUCACAGAGACUCUUGGGCUACACCCAUUUCAAACCUUUUUAAAUCCUUUAUAUUAAGUUCGCUUGCUUGCUUGCUUGCGUGCUUGCUUGCUUGCUUACGACCGUGCAAAUCUUUCGGUCGUUUUUUAACCCACUUCCCGUGAUCCAAUCGAGCUGACAUUUUGCACACAGACUCGUUGUGCGAAACAAUGAAUGUUCGUGAAAAAAAAUUUGCACAAUUUUACACUGUUUAGGGAAAACAAAUUAAAUAUUUAAUUACCAAUUGCUUAAUACUGGCAGACAAUCAUUUGACCCAUAGGUGGCAGCCAUCUCAAGCCAGAGGACGAGAGGACUCUAGCCGCCACGCAUAUAAAGGAUUUAUAGUGAAAAACUUUGUUUUUACGGGUUAUACUUAUUAAACAGUCUGCCUCAGCAGCAGAUCAUGCUUUCGCACCUGAUGACGGACACUUGUGUUGCGCCCGAAACGUGAUUUAUUUUAUUUCUACCUACGUGACUUUACCGAAAGAACCAAAGAGUAUGGAUUCCUGCAGUCACGAAAGCCUUCAAAUCAAGAUUUAACAGACUGUUGGAUAAAAUUUUGACUUAACUUUCGUGACUGCAAGGAAUUCAGAUUAUUGGUUCUUUCGGUAAAGUCACGUAGAUUAAAAAAGUAAUAAAAUGUAAAAUAAUUAAAAAAACAUUUCCGUGACUUUACCGAAAGAGCCAAGAAUGAGAGACUGUUGGGGCAAGUGCUGUCAAACGAGCAGCUCCUAUGAAGGCCGGAACGGCGCACGAGGGGGUCGGUGGCCAGCACCGCCUUUGUCUCUCCAGGAACAAUGUUUUCACAUUGCACCAGGUACUCAUUUGAGGCUGAGCCGACCUAGGGGAGACCCAGAACCGAUUAAGAUAAUCGUCAUUAGUGUUUGACGUGAGCGGGGAUCAAACUCAGGUAGCCAGGUUUGCAGUAGGGUGUGCUAAUUGUAGCGCUACUGCUCAUUAUUGUCUCGGAAUGUUUUUUGUAUUUGGUUUUUGUAUGUUUAUUUAAUUUUUUGGUUUUAGUUUAUUUGGCAUGCAGUACAGUACUUACAAUUGUGAUGUGUUCAUAUUUGGUUGCCGUGAACUUAACCCCAUUGUUUAGGUAAGGCUUAGGUAUUGAAUAUGACGGUUUUGACUUUCGCGGCACUUUUCAAGAACCCAACUCCCGUGAUAUCCAAGGGUCGACUGCACUUAAUUUAUCAAAAAAUUAACCCGUAAAAACAAAGUUUUUCACUAUAAAUCCUUUAUAUGCGUGGCAUCGGUUUUAUUUUAUUAUUCAUUUCUGUUUUUCUUGAGUAAGAGUUUCAUUUUUAUCACAUUGGUAUUUUAAAUUAAAUAUGAAAAAAAAUUUCCUAAAAAGUGGAAAAUUUUGGAAAAAAAUUUCACGAAAAUUAAUUGUCACGCACAACAAGUCUGUGUGCAAAAUGUCAGCUCGAUUGCAUCACGGGAAGUGGGUUAAAAAACGACCGAAAGAUUUGCACGGUCAUAAGCGCGCAAGCAAGCAAGCAAGUGAACUUAAUAUAAAGGAUUUAAAAAAGAAGGUACACUAUGUGAGAAGAAUUCAUUUUCUCAGUAUAGCAGUAUGUAAGAUGCAUUAUUUUCGGAAUGGCUUCGUGGUCAGAAGGUUUUUAAACAGGUAGUUUGCAUUUUAAGGUUUGGUUUAGAUAUCUAUGAAAUAUAAAUUCCAAUGUUGGAUAUAAAGGAAAUGCAGUUUUUACAUUAGAUUGUUCACAGAUAAUUCCAUUCAUGUGAACAUAAUUGAUUCCCAACCUACAAUGUUUCCUGUUCAAGUACUGUAUUCCAUGAUCUGGCUUUAGUUCCAUCCCCCAACCCUCCGUGUAUGUAUGUUGAAAAUGAUUUUGCACCUUAUGGAGCCAACUGCUACUCGUGUGUGUGCGCUCCUUUCCUAGUACCUGCACAUGUCCCCAAACAUUCAGAAUGUAUUUUUGGUUACAUCUGCAUUGGUUUCCUACCAUUCAAUAUAGAUGUUCAUGUGUAUCAAUUACGUUAUUCUACGUGGUUCUCUUGAUUCAUAAGUGCUUAAAUGAAUGCAUCGGUUUCCACUGAAUAGAUUGCCUUGUCAUGUCAACAAGAUGGGCAUAAUAUAUAUAAAAAAUAAAUAUUUCUGGGAUCUGAUUAA